CGCAUAGUCACGCUGUUAAUUAUUCCUACUACCCAUAACUACUUCAUCCUUGGCCGUUUUCCUUUCCCUGUAAGAUUCAAGCCUCAUUUUCCUUUUUCCCACAAGUCCUUAACCCCAUCAUUAUCACAUAUGUCAUGGCGACCAGUGCCGUGAGUGCCCAACAGCUUGCAGAAGCCAAGGCCAAAUUCAAGCAGGAUGGAUGGGCCGUCGUCCCCGAUGUGAUCGAUACCGAGAAAACAAAGCAGGUCGUCGAUCGCCUUUGGAAGGCGAAGGAAGAGAGUGAACGGCGAGGCGAUCCAACUUACCUGGACUGGCUAGACCCCAACUCCAGCAAUAUCCGUAUAUUCUACCUGAUGGAACUGGACCCGAUCUUCCGCGAGCUCAUCUCGCAUCCUGUCGCUGUGGAGAUGGUUCAAUCCGCAUUGGGUCAAAACUUCCUUGUCUCCAACUUCACAGCGAACAUCGCACUUCCCGGAUCGAAGUCAAUGGGUCUACACUCCGAUCUCUCCCUACAGUGCCCCGAUCCUUGGUUGUCGACUUGGGGUUUGAACGUGAUCUGGUGUCUGCAUGAUGUUUACUACGAGAACGGUGCCACCUUAUACAUCCCUGGUAGUCACCACUGGAAGACUAAGGCAGAGGUGCCCCCUGAGGAGGAGGCGAGGAAGCUCCUAGUACCAUUUGAGGCCAAGGCUGGGUCAAUCAUCGUGAUGGAUGGGCGUCUCUGGCACACGUCUGGCUGCAAUGUCACUCAGGAUAAAGAGCGGGCGCUUUUGUUCGGGGCUUACAAUGCCCCCUUCUUGAGAGGUCAAGUGAACUGGGGUGUUGGGCUGUCGGAGGAAACGAAGAAGACCCUGAGUCCGCAGCUCCGGGAAUGGCUGGGAGUUAAUCGGGACGGCAAUCUUGGAGUGGUGACAGGAGUCAAUGAUGUUUUUGCCGAGGGUGCUGCUCCACCUACCCAGACCUGAUUAUACGAUUCUUGUUUGGAUUUUGAAACGUAGUUACUGUUCUUAUGAGGUGAAGCGAACCUGGAAUGAUCAUCCUCCUCUUGUCACAUUUCCAGUCGCCGCAAUAAUGCUUAUUUUUUGGUCUAUCUCCUGGGGUUCCACGACUUAAACACUACGUCGAGAGGUGCCAUAUACACAUCGCGAGUUAAAACAAGGGAGGAAAAAAGGAGAGAAACAAUAAAGAGGACGGGGAGUCGGAUUAGA